GUCUCUUCGGCAUUUCGUCUUUUCCGGUCAGUUUCGCGUUCAAUCUUCGAGGCGUUGGUUACGCCUGAUGUGUUGUACCGUAGUACUCGUUCCUGGUUCAAUUGACAUUGGAUUAUUAUAAAACUCAAUGGUGCAAAGAAGAAACACUUUCUUCAGAAAAAAACGUGAUUUGACUCUUGUUAAGUGAAAGAUAUUUCAGAGAGAGAACGAUCAUUUUAAGAAUUACAAGGGCGUGCCGAGUAUGAUCCAAUGAAAGACAGAAACCAACAGUGGAAGUGGAAAUACAAGUCGUCGAAGAUAAAAUACACGUGGAACGACUUGAAAGAGGAAAUCUCAAGGUUAAACGGAUCUGAACUAAAGUGAACCGAAAGUGAUCGAAGUGUCCUCCUGAUGAUGGAUUCGAUACGAGACCUGAAACGGUUGCUCUAUGAGAGGACAGAAGCGCUUCGACGUCGCGACGACGUGAUCGAAUUGUUGGAAAAGGCUGUGGAGGAACGCGACAUCACUAUCCAUUGUCUGCAAAAUGAGAUCGACAAAUUUCGGCAAAUCGUUGACUUCAGUUUGUCAUCUGGCGGUAUUGGGCCUGCUCAGAAAGCCAAAAGACAAGCGAUUUCGGCGGAACCGCUUACCAAAGACACCAGGGUAAUCAUCAAGUUUCAUAAACCGAAAAGAUCUCGUGAACUGAUCAAAGCAGCCAUUUUGGACAAUGACUUCAUGAAGAACCUGGAGUUAACGCAAAUCCGGGAGAUCGUGGAUUGCAUGUAUCCUGUUACUUUCUCGGCAGGUUCAACCAUCAUACGCGAAGGAGAUGUUGGAUCCAUUGUAUAUGUCAUGGAG